GAGCAAGACCCCCGACAAAACUUAGACCAGCAUCGACCCAACCCACGGAAUGUACUACAUUUCCUUUACAUUUUCCUUGAAUAUACCCAUCUAAACCUCACACGUGAUCUCCCCCCCGGAAUCUCCCCUCAAACACACACACACCGAUGUUGGCCGACAUAUCCAGUACACUUCCUCACCCGAUUCUUCUGCGGCUAACCUCGUGUCCUAACCUCUCUGCAGUCAUGCCGUCUCAGUUGGAAAGUGCCAUGGAGUCCCUGAUCAUGGUGUUCCAUCGCUAUUCCGACAAAGAUGGUAAACGCAACACACUGAGCAAGAAGGAGCUCAAACAGCUCAUGGAGACAGAACUGGCCAGCUUCCUGAAGUCCCAGAAGGACCCAGCUACCAUAGACAAGAUAAUGAAGGACCUGGAUCAGAAUGGUGAUGGGGAGGUGAGCUUUGAAGAGUUUGUGUCUCUGGUGGUGGGCCUCUCCAUUGCUUGUGAAGAAAUCUACCAGCUCCAGAGCAAGACUCCCUCCAAGAAGUAAAGGAUAGACAGGGCAAGGAGAAAGGAGGGAGGAGAUAGAAUGCUUCUGUGUACUCAUUUUAUAAAUGAUACCUUCAUUUGUGAAUAAACAUUGGUUUUUGCAA